AUGGAAGUUGCCCUAAGAAAUGAUAGUUUUUAUGCAAGUUAUGGGGAGUUUCGUUUAUUGAAUGAGCAAAGAUCUAAGAAGGUUUUCGUUGGCAUACGUCAUUCUGAUGGACGUUAUGUGGCCGUGAAAGUGGAAGAAAUUUUCAACAAAAGACGGACCGAAGCAGCAGGUCAGUACAACAAGGGAGAAAGGAAUAAUUUGGAACAGGAGCAUGCUGUUUACAGAAAUCUUCACGGGAGAGGAACACCACAUGUUUACUGGUUUGGAAGAGUUGAUGGAUGCAAGGCAAUGGUUAUGGAUCUCACUGGUCCUGCACUGGAAGAGCUUUUCAUCUACUGCAACCGACGAUUUAGUUUGAAAACAGUUCUAAUGCUUGCUGAUCAAAUGUUAGAUCGAAUACAGACUCUCCACGAUGCGGGUUAUGUUCAUCGCGAUCUUACUUCAGAUACUUUUGUGGUGGGGAUCGAAGAGAAUAUCGCUAAAGUUUACUUAGUAACUAUGAAAUUGGCAUCGAAAUAUAUUAAAAUCUCUGGUGGAUGUCGCAAACAUAUUCCGUAUGGAGAGAAUAUAGAAUUUUUUGGUUCAUCUUAUUUUGCAUCUCUUAACAGACAUUUAGGCACAGUUGCAUCCAGACGAGAUGAUCUAGAAUCUUAUAUAUAUAUACUUUUAUAUUUUCUCAAAGGGAAUUUGCCUUGGCAAAUAUAUGGAAACUCGAACGAACUUGAACAGGUUUUGAAAAUCAAAACAUCGACUUCAAUAGAGACUCUUUGUCAUGGAUUGCCGACUGAGUUCGCAACAGUGCUCAAUUACUGCCGUACCUUGAAAUUUGAAGAUAAACCUGAUUAUUUGUUUAUUCGGCAACUCUUCCGCGACUUAUUCAAUUCGUUGACCUAUAAAGAAGAUUGGAAUUUUGAUUGGAUGUCGCGUUAUUGUUCAAAGCAACACUGA